AUAGGAAAGUACCUAUCCAAUCGACUAGGUAUCGAAUAAAGUCAGGAUUGUAUUUUUGUUUAUUUAUUAACUACCUAUUACUAAUAAUAAUAUGCCCGCAAUCGACGUUAAUAAUUAUAAUGAAGACGAUGAAGAUUACAUAAUAUCAAGAGCCAAAGAAGCCCAAAAACAAAACAUCCAUUCUGCUAAAGCAUGGAUGCUGACAGCAAAAACUUUAUUUCCAACAAAUUUUAAGAUACAAUUCGAAGCGUAUUUAAUGGAAAAACAAUCUGGAAAUGUACACGAAGCAGCGGAAUGCUUCAGCUCCCUAAUGACUUCUGGACAAAAUUUACCCGAAUUACUUCCAGAAAUAUCUGCAAUUGCAAAUGCUUUAAAAUCAUACGAACCUAGUUUCUUAAGUCAAAUGUUCGAUAAUAUAUCACCAGACAUACAGUUAACUAUUUUAAAAACAAGUGUUGAAAACAGUGAUGAUACAAUGGAACACUGUCGGUUAUUAGUACUUUUGCUUAAAAAAUUUCCACAACUUGGAGUAGAUAGUCUUGUUAAGACUUUAAUUAAUGCUGAAAAAUUUUUUUGUGAUAAUAGAUAUGCACGAUUACUUGUAGUGGAAACAUUACCUCUUCUUAGCUCACUUGAAUCCCCUAGAUUGCUUCAACGACUCUUAGUAAAAGCAAUAGAUUUUUAUAAUACAUAUGUUUACGAUGAUAAUGAACAUGAUAUCACUGAUCCAUGGCAAAGGCUUUUCGGAGUCUUAGAUUUGUUAGGAAGGCAACUAGGAUGGGAUCCUUACUUAGUAAAUUAUGCUAAUAGUCUUAACAAAGAAUCAUAUUUUCAAAAGCUUUUAACAUUGAGAAAUGUUGAGGAUUGUCGGCAAUUACUAUACUGUGGCUUGGCUUAUUUCCUAAGAUCUCUGUAUGAACACAAAUCACUCAAAGGCAAUCAUUUAUUAAUUGAAUCAUUAUCAGAUCCAGAUUUACCACCAUCAAAGAGAAGGAAGGGGGAUAUAGAAGUAACUGGAGUAUCUGCUCAUCAGUUUCAAGCAGCUGCAAAUUGUUGGGAACUCCUUCAUAGUAAUGAUAUUAUUUCUAGGGAAUUUAUGAAAUUGACAUCCCAACUGCAAACUAAACCGUGGUUAGAAGGAUUUACGGAAGAAUUAGCACUUUACAGAGGCAAAUAUGAUGAGGCUAUACCUCCAACUAGUGUGACAACCCUCUCUGCAAAUAUAAUAAGAAUAUCAAUCAACUAUUUUCAGAAGAAUUAUACAACGUGUGUAGAAAAUAUUUUAGCUGCUCUUCCACAAUUGCCUUCUGUUGAAGGUACAUUAGAAUCAGAUUUGAUUGUUGGUGGAAAACACAGACAUCUCCAUUUCCUACCACCAACUAAAGCUGCCAUAAUGCACUAUUUCUGUUCAUUGCUUAUCAGAAUUUUACUGAAUACUGGAAAUACUGCUGAUCUUACUUAUGGACAUAUGUUAGUACUUAUGCAAUUAGGAUGGCCACAAGAAGAGAGUAUAUUCCUACACAUCUUAGAUGUUAUAAGGCAAACAGGUGUAUUUCAUUAUCAUUUAUUUUCAGCAUAUAUUAUUCAUAUAGAUAUAUUAGAAGAAUUAAGUUAUAUUUGGAAUGAGCAAGGAAAGAGUAUUGUAUUAGAUAUUCUUCCUAACUCUCAACAGCAUUUAGGACAGAGAAGAAUUGGGACUAGAGGAGCCGAUAAAGGUGUUAAGGAAGAUUUCAAACAGGCAAUGAAAACUCAGGUUGCCAGAUGUAAUGAAUCAAUGUUAAAUUUAAUGAUUCAGUUUAUUAAUUCUGAGCGAUCUUAUUUACUUCAAAUUCUUUAGUCUCAAAAGUUUUUUGAAUAAAAACAUAU